UUUUUUUUUAAUAAAUGAGCCUUACGAUAACAAGUAGAUUACCAACUAAUUUUGAUUCAGAGAUCAAUAAAAAGAUGAAGAAAGACGUUCAUUUUGCUCCUAAUGACUCCCAUUCAAAACAAAACGAUACCAUUAACAAAGCUAGUAACCGUUCGGCUUUUUAUACACAAUUUAUAUCUACAUCACCUAUAGAAAAAUCUACACAAGUCAAUCUUUCAAAUAAUUUAGCGAACAAGAAAUUUCAAGAUGAUAUUGACUCCAUUUUAUACAAAUUAAAAAAAUUAAAGACACAACUUCAUAAUGAUACAAAUCGUUUUGAGGAUAUUAUACAACCUUUAGUGAUAAAAAAUAAAGAGCAUGAAGAACGUUAUGAUGCAACAGCUAUAUCCACUACUACAGAAACUGUAAAACCACUUACAGAUCAAGAAAAUGAGAUUGUGGAUCAACUUUUUAAAAAGGGACAAUCGGGACAAAUAGCUCAAAUCAAAAAUGCAGUUGUAGAAUUUAAAGAUAUUUAUAGACUGUAUCCCGAAACAUGGCUGAACGAUGAGAUUGUCAAUUUUUAUUUUGAAUUACUAGCAGAGCGAUCAACAAAAAUCAACGGAUUACCGUCAAUUCAUUGUUUCAGUACAUUUUUCUUUUCGACUUUACAAGAUCAAGGAUAUGUAAGAGUAAAAAGGUGGACAAAGAAGGUCGAUAUCUUUGCCAAAGAUUUAUUAUUUAUACCAAUCAAUCAAUCUUAUCAUUGGGUGCUAGGAGUGAUUGAUAUGAAAAAUAAAAAGGUGCUGGUCUAUGACUCUCUAGGAGGCGAUCAUGAUCGAACAUUAGCCAUCUUCCUUGAAUAUUUAAAACAGGAACAUUUAGAUAAAAAGAAAAUUCCUUUUGAUACGACUGGAUGGACAAAAGUAGUGCCAAAGGACAUUCCUCGUCAAGGUAAUAUGUCGGACUGUGGAGCUUUUACAUGCACGUUUGCAGAAAGAUUAUCAAAACAGCAGCCUUUUAACUUUUCUCAAGAUGACAUGACUAUCAUUCGACGACGAAUUGCACUGAAUAUUUACAAAAAAGAACUUUAAUUCCUUUUUUUUUUUU